GGAUGAUGAUGAAUGAGAAAUGGUGAAGAUUACGAAAAGAUUGAACAAUGGGAUAAAUUAAGGUAGCUAAAGUAUUGGGUUCAGAUUCUAAAUCUAUUAAUAACUUAGAUUAAAGAAAAGAUGAUGGCUGGUCUUUCUAUUAUGUAGAAAUCUUUGAAGGUGGAAAUAGAGCAUCCACAUCUUAAUAAAGUAUUGUUUUAUGUUAGAGUUAAUUUGCUUAUGAUAGGUCUAGUAGUGAUGAAUUAAUAACAUUUUAUUACAACAACAUAAACAUAAUUUGUCAUCGAUUGA